AUGAAAGCUGUGACUCGGGGACGCAAGUUCCACGAACAACUUGAUAGAGAAGACCUGCUCUACUACUUUGGUGUACAAGAACAACAUCAGGUACCGUCUUACAUGUUCAUUGAUGAACCAUCAAUGACGUCAUCGAAAAGGAAGGGAGGAGAUGCUAUGCUUUUCUCUAUGACCGCAUUUAGAGAGAGCUUCCUAUUCCAGCUUACAGUUAACGAGAAGUUACUAACGCAAGACUGUGUCCUGCAGCACUUCAGAAGUAACGUGGUGAUAUCGUCCUCCCCCUGUGCUGACCAUUACCGCCCGUGUAACUACUAUGGUCAAUCCCUCACACACAUUGACCAAUGGGCAGCCGUCAGCUACUGCGACUUACUCGUUGGGCUGAUUUCGACCUCCAGCCAUGACUUGACAAUACUUCCAUUAAAAGCGAGCCAGCUGGAACUAGUCCGUUCCCUGAACUUGACGACACCCUUAAGGAGAACCUACAUUGUGAACAAGCUAACCAGGAAAACGCCAGGUGUUCCGAAAAACAACACGAGGACUCGCCAGGACACGCUGGCCACCGUAGAGAUAGUGACCAGUGGACCAGUGGUUAACAACCACGCAGAUGACAACAGUCUAUACGGACUGAACCUCACCUCCUUCCUCACCAUAAACAUGAAUAUUGUUUUCUCCUUAUUCCAUGACGAAACGCUGACCUACCAUCUCUCGCCAACGAUCACUCGAAUAACAGUGGUCAGCAAUACACAGUUCUUGGGUAACACAACGAACAGUUACCGUAUGUUGAGCAAGUUUGCAGAUUGGUACUCCAACACGAGUCCGCUACACAGAGCUGACUUAGCCAUACUCGUAACUAAACAAAAGCUGUUCACAAAAGAGGAGACGGUGGCGUAUGAUGUGAACGGCUUAGCUUUCACCAGUGGAAUGUGUCAUGAUAAGGACAGCAACUGUAUACUGGCAAAGGAUAUAGGGCUGGGCACGGCCUUCAUAAUUGCUCACGAGAUCGGACAUACAUUGCAGAUGAGUCAUGAUAAUGAUUUCGCCAAAUGUAAUGAAAGUGGAAACAUAAUGCAGAGUUUUGCGACUUAUGGUCAAUCGAGUUUCCAUUGGUCAAGCUGUAGUGACGAAGCAAUGAGGACAUUUUUCGAGUCCGAUAAUUCUAAAUGUCUGAGGAACAAGACUAGACACGCCAGCAAUACGCCGAUACUACCAGGGAGUCUGUAUGACGAGGAGGCCCAGUGUAAGCUGACCUUCGGGAAUAACUUCAGGCCUAACUACAACAGAAAGAAUAAAUGUGGCAAACUUUCGUGCUGCUAUGACCAACGACAUUGCAUUGACAUCGGUUAUCCCCUGGUGGAUGGUACUGAAUGCGGUAAUGGAUCCAGAAAGUGGUGCAUUAAGGGUCGGUGUGUGGAUAUCGGACCUAACGGACCUGCGCCUAUCCAAGGUGGAUGGUCUUCCUGGGAGUUGUGGUCAAUUUGUUCCAGAACGGCCGGAGGUGGAGUCCGCUUUCGCGAAAGGAAGUGCAACAAUCCCAAGUAUGGUAACACAGCGGUUAUCUUUGUAAAUAUAAUGUUCUAA